CAAAUCGCUCUCUUCAAAACCCCUUCAACGCUUCUCUCUUAUCCUCCUCUUUCGUUUUUCUCAGAAACUCCCGCCAAAUAAUAAUAAUAAUAAUAAUAUUGAUGGGUAUGGCAUCCGCAUCGGUCGGCGGCGGACAGAAGCGUUGUGAGCUUCAAUGGAAGUUUGUCGUUGCAGGUCUAGGGCUCCGUAAUGGCCUGUUAAGAAACGUGGAUUUCAGAUCUGGAUCCAAACCCAAACCUCUGUGUUUGGGCAUAAAUAGCUCGCAUUGAUACUGAUUUUCUUUAUUUUUGCUAUCCAAUUUACAAAUUUUAUUGUUACUUAGAUCUUUUCUUUUUUUAAUAAUUGAUAUUCAUUUUUCAUUCUUAAUCAGCGUCAACUCAGAUGAAGCCGUGAGCUCAACUAACAGAUUGAAAGCUUUUUAUGUCAUAUUGAAGAGCUUAAAAACGGCUGUGAUUACAGUGCUGGAACCAAUUUCUAAAGCACUUGUAUACCUACUGAAAAGGCAGGUCUCUGAUUCCAGCUCGUCUCUGGAACUCUAUGGAACCCAAAAUGGACUUGUUUGGUUGCUGGACAACCGCUAGCAGUGAGCUUGGAAUGGGCCCAUAUCUGACAUAUUUUUGGGCCUUUCUCGGUACUUUUAGUGAGCGUUUGGAUAGCAAGGAAACUGGCGUUUUGCGCGUUUACGUUUUGCUCUGCUGGGACCCACGCGCACGCGAGCUGAAGAAAAACGCAAGUCUGGGCUGUUGCUGAAACGCAAGUUUCCUCCUACUACACGCACCGUUUCACUUAUCCUCCUACACGCACCGUUUCAUUUAAAAAGCUCUACGCACCGUUUCAAUGCAAGAGCUGAAACAAUCAACCCAUUGCCUCUUGCGCGUACUGUUCAUGUCUCAAAAUGCUGAGGAAAACGGUGCACAAGCAGAAGCUGUUAAAACAGAGCAUCAACGGUACGCAAUCCAUUGUAACGGCUAUUUCCAUUCUCACGGCUUCUGCUUUUUCUCUCAACUACCGGUGGCAGAAUGCCUUCAAUCCCCUUCAAUGCUCCAUCCAAUUCGUCUUCAAUGUCGUUCACCUACCCACCAACCAGCAAGAUAUCAAAACAGAGCACAGCAAUUGAUUACUGCAAACCCAGUAGGCAGAACCAAAAGAGAAGAUCCCCUCUGUUCAACAAACGCUCGAGCUCACCUUCUCUCCGCUUCGGUCAUCGUCGCUGCCACUCCCCAUCUCUGCAUUCACGGAAGGGAGUUGUAGGAAAAAUGGUUAAAGAGAAGAAAUCAAUGGAGGGUGGUAGUAAUGAUGAAAGAGCUGACUGGAAAGACCCUCAGGAACUAGAGGCUUUUUGUCGGUUUUGUGCUAUUCAAGUCAUGGCAGGCCAAAGGAAGCCUACUGGAUUUUUGUCCAAAAUUGGGAUUAGUGAAGUGAUUCGGCAGUUGGGUGAGAUUGAAAAAGUAGUGACUUGGCUGCAGAUUAAAAACAAAUGGGAUCAUUUGAGAAAAAGGUGGAAGAUUUAUAACAAGUGUUUGGAGAAUGAGACUGGGUUAGGUUAUGAUCCAGCAACUGGGAUGUUUGACGCACCUGAUGAGUGGUGGAAUCGAAAAAUUGCGGCAUGUCCCGAUGCAAAAACCUUGAAAAAGAAUGGUUUGCCUAAUCGUGAGCUUCUGAACAUCAUGUUUGGAGGCACGGCUGCAACAGGGAGAAAUGCAUUCUGCACAAGUGGUCCAAUACCAACGGAAACCACCGAAGGGUCUGGGGACUCUGGUAAUAGUAUAGAAUUUGUUGACCCCCAAUGUGAACCCGUUGUGAAUGAUGACGCAAUGGAGGUUGAAGGUCCAUCAUCGUCGAGGGUAGGACCAGCAGUGAAUAAGGGAAAAGGCCUAGCAACCAGUGUCCACAUCUUCAAGCCAAUUUCCAAGAAACCAAAAAAAAAGCGUUCAACCGCGCAAGAGAGGUCGGACUCUUUGAAGAGUAUCUCAAAUGUUAUUGUUGCAAGAUCUAGUGUAAGUGCCCGUACACCAUCUGCUCCCACAGCAACAGAUCAGAUUAAAGAAAUUCUGGACAUGGUGUUGAGUCUUCCCGGGGUGUACUCGGGUCAUUACCUUUAUUUGUUCAGCACUAUCUACUUCAUGGAAAAAGAGCCGGGUAGACACAUGUUUGCAGCACUUUCCGAUAACAAGGAUAUCCAGCUAAAGUGGCUAGAAAAAGAGUACCAAAGGCACCCUGAUUAUCAUAUUCCGUGAAGGAACAAUAGAUUGUCUCGAUAGGUUGUGUAGGCUUGGUGUAGUAAUCAAACUUUCAGUGUUGUACCUAUUGCAUUAUUAUAUUUCUUUCUUUUUUAUUGGUAGGAACUAAUGCUUGUUAUGAGUGUGUAUGUAAGACAAUGCUCAUCAUUCCUAUGUGUUUGAGCUAUAUUUAUAUAUGUUUGUUCUAUGUUUCUUUUA